AUGAGAAAUUUUUAAGCAGAGUCACAAGAGGAUUCUUAAGCAUAAGAAUAAGUAAUUUAUGCAUAAAUGUUUAGAUAAAGCGCAUAAUAGACUCAUUUAACUUUGAAGAGUUAAGAAAUUUUCUAAACCAAGAGGAUAAUCAAAUUUAUAAAGUCCAAAGGCUUCGAGAUUAUCUUUUUAAAAACAUCAGUUAAUGCUUCGAUAAAGUAAUAAUAGAGCUAUAAACCAACCCUACAUAUGACUGUUCCCAACUUUUAAUUUUUAUUUAAGAAAAUACUAAUUAAGGCAGACGGAAUAAUUAUAAUUUUAGAAAUCUUUUUAAUGAUUACGAGAAUUUAUUUAAGAUACUCGAAUAUACAGAUGAUUUACAUAUUUAUGAUUUAGUGUUUUAGAUUCUAUCUAACUGCAUUCAAAUCAUACAUUUUGAUAGAUAAGGUUUCAUUCCAAGACUUUUAUAUUUAGAAAAAAUUUUCUAUAGCCACAGUAACUUCUUGUGUUCUAAAAAAAUCAAUUUGAUUGACUACUAUUUUAUGGAUCCUAGGUAUCAAGAAAUAUGCAAUGACCCAAUUGAAUCUCUACAAUUUGAUCUUGAAUACUAUGAACCAACCUAAUUAGAUGAAACUUAUCAUGAAUUGUAAAGAAAUGGAAGACAUUAGAAAAUAUUAUCAGGAAUAUUCUAAAUAAAAGUAUAUAUAAUUAAUUGAUUUUAUAGAAAAUAUAAAUAAUAGAUGACAAUUCGACUUCAGCUCUUGAAUUAUCAAGAAAUCUAUUAAAUAUGCAGACUUAGUCCUUUUCACCUUUAAUGGAUAUAUUAAAAUACAGAAUCCUUAUUAACAGAGGGUUACAAGCAAAUUCAUAAUAAACUAAAAAUAUAAUAAUUGGAUUACAUUUAAAAUCACUGAAUAUUCUGAAAAGUUAAAAAGAAUAAUUUGUGGCUCUUCAUAUAUUUGAAAGAUUUUACGAUGAUGUAAUUGGAGAUACAAUAGAAAAUAAUAAUUUUAAUUUAUUUCAGCUUGAAACCAUAGAUCCAAUAAUAUUAGUGGAAUUAUUGUAAAUUGAAUCAAGAAAUAAUCAAUAAUCAAGCAAAAGAAAAUAAUAAUUCCAAUUAAAAUUAUUAUCUGAUGUUUUAUCUAUGAGAUAGAUAGAAAAUAAUGAUUUCAUUCAAGGUUAUCCCUUAAAUUAUAAUUCUAAGAUACUUAGCGAAUCAUUAGCUUAAGAUAGUUAAUUAACUUCUGGAAUCUUAAUUUUUUUAUAAAUCAUCUUAAACUUGUAACUCAUUUUAUAAUGA